UCGCGCUCGAUUCCUCAGAGAUAGGCGAUGUAUAGUAUAUCUCAUGACGUUGAACGUCAGCAGCCGCAAGAACAGCCGUAAAAGGAGAGAAGACCCGAGGGGACGGGCGCACGCGCUCCUAAUAUGAUUCAAUGUCAAUGAUAAUGAACUCAGACUCUAGACAAGGUUCCCCUUUGUCGUGCAGGAAUUCCGGAGAAGCCGGAUUAUCGAAGAUAAUCAGGAUAAAUUGACAACCGUCGAGUAGAUGGCUGCAGACAGACCCUAGACAAUGUCUUCCUGCGGUUGGUCUACGGGGAGCACGAGCAACUCCAGAAGAUACGUAGACUUCUUUAUGAUCAAGCGCCCUUCGCAAGCGAUCUUCACCAAGCUCUUCAGUGCUCGAACUCCCGUGCGCCUUUUCCACUCGGCAUUACGUGUCAACCACCAUACCCUCAGGUAUGCCAAGAGAAGAGUUCGAGCCUUAAUUCUUCGUCAUUUGGACGUAUUCAAACUGUACGCGGAUCAGCCUCAAGCUCGGUUGGAUUUUUUAAAACGUGAGGUUCUACUGGACCCGGAAUUGUCGUUCCUGAUGCAGUAUGAAGACGGCUGGGCAGUCGACGUACUGGUUCGUCUCGUGUAUCACCAACGUCUUAGACUGGUGCAACAAAAGCAGCUGAAUUCGAUCCGGAGCCAACAGCAUAAUUAUCGUCAAAGGUUGUUUACUAGUCAUCCUCGCGUCUCUCCGGAACUCCGUAUAGGGGUCAGGUGUACCCGGUCGAAGUUGAAGAACGACGCUGAGGUCGCAACCACCUCGUCGGCCGUAGCUCUCCUGGCCACCCACUUAGACUCAGUAACACCAAGUCUUCUUCGUUUUCAACCAGCCAUCGUCAAGGCUGGCCUCUGCACGGACGAACAUCUGCAUCAACUGUUUCGCAUGUUACCCACAUCGAGGGACAAUUUCAUUUUACAAGCACUAGGCACAGAGAAAUCAACCUUAUUUGAACGAGUUUUGGUGAUGGACAUUUUGGAACAGAUGAACAAAGAGAAAUGGUAGUUUGUGGUGAUCAUUAUGAGCAGGUAUUCCGAGGGUCAACGCAGAACCUCCAUUGCGCCCCCAACCUAAGGCUCCAACUGCAUUGUCACCAACCCCCAAGCCAUAUAUGGAGGUGGCGUGACUUA